CAUUCUGCACGGCAGUGUCAUGGCGGCACGCCGCAUCCUCCUCCACACAUACCAAAACGCUUUUUCAUUCCUGGGUUGAGUGUCAAUGAGGCAAGACAUGGCGUUCGAGGAAAGAUUAAUCUCUGCUGUACAAGAGUACAGUAUCCUCUACGACUGCAGUCAUGCCUACUAUUAUGACAGCAUGAGAAGAGAAAACGCUUGGACGGAGAUUGGCGAAACGCUGAACGAAUCAGCCGAGGAGUGUAAAAGAAGGUGGAAGUUAUUAAGGGACGGUUACAGAAGGGCCAAUUUAAAAAAGAAAACAAAAAGCGGACAGGCGACAAUUUUUGUAAAGCCGUGGAAGUUCGAAAAACAAAUGGCCUUUUUACAUCCCACUUUCCAAGACCAACCACAGGUAUCAAACCUGGGGUCCUCUGCAACACAAAUGGUAGAGGACGACGAUGAAGAAGUAGAUGUCGAGAAGGUUUUGGACGACAACGUAAGAGAGCCUUCGCAAUUCGAGCAGCAAACUCCACACACUGCAGGAGGAACUCCAACAGAUCCUUCGCCUAUAAGUGAUACUGUUGUUCCUUCUCCUUCAGGAUCGACAUCUUCGUUGUAUAAACGAAAAGCUGUUCGUCACUUAAGUGCAGGAGAGGUAUUACAAAACUAUUUGGCUACAAAACGAGAAGAAAAACAGAAAGAAUUAAGACCAACCGAUCAGUUAUCAAAAUUCUUUUCGGCUGUGGAGGAAACUGUACGUCAGUUACCUGUAGAUCUGCAACUCGAUGCAAAAUCUCAAAUAUUCUCUAUAGUGCUGGAACAAGAAAAGAAGGCCCUAGAACGACAACAAAGUCACAGCUAUCCCACACAGUUUGCCCAUUCCAUCCUACCUUUUCAACAGCCAUCCUAUUCGCAGUCACUCCAUCCCCCUUUACCACCUAUGACCCACCACUCACUACAUUCCAUGCCAGGGUCCAGGCGACCCCAUCCAGAAAGCCCAAGCCAUUCGCAAUACGCCAUGUUUCGUCGCCAUCAUGAUUUGCAAGAUCAAAACCAACCCUGUGGAAGUACAGAACACAACAGUCCUUCCCCGGCAAAUUAAACUUUGAACCUUCUAUGCAAUGAAACCAAAAAUGAACCACUCCUGUCUCCAUCACACAUUUCAUGUCUGUGACGCCGCACAAUCACAUAUACAUGUACUUAUUAUCGUUGUUCACAGAUGUUUCAUUUUUUCAUGUAAUUUAAUUUCAAUCAAUUAUUGUUCUAUGUAAAGGGGCGAUGGUUUGUUUUGUGUCACCUUACUUAAUACGACUGUAAAUACUAAUAAUAUAAAAUCAACUAUCUGGCAAUAUAAAAACUUCAAUGGGUUUGUCAUUUAGAAAAUAAGUGUGAGAAUUAGAGUUACCUUAA